CAUCCUUGUUUUGAAUAAAUUAGAAAGUGUCAUCGUCAUCGUUCAAAGAUAUGAUCUACAUCUGAACCGUAUAUAUAAUGCACAACAUUUCCAGGCUCAGUGAAACGCUCGGAGUCACGGGUAUCAGAUGCUUGCAUCAACGCAGGCAGGAAGCCGCGCAGCGACUGUCUGAUCUCUGAUGUUGCGGUCACAAGUUCCAUCGAAACAAGAAGGCUUCAACCUUUUGAGCACUUUUCGAUUCUUUUUUUUUCUAGAAAACUGACCGACAACGAUGGCGUUUUCAUAUGGAGACUUGGAUCCAAACUAUGUGAGACCAACGGAUGGCCAAGAUAACAGUGAAGAGGACUUGGACUUUUCCUACCUGUUCCAUUACAACCGACCUGAAUUUUCCACUGGGGGUGACAACCGGAAUAGCCCCCAUCCUGCUCUGCUGCCCCAGCUAUGUGAAGAAAGCUACCCUGAAGACCCCAGCCAACACUCAGACCUUCUCCCCGGGUCUGGAGCUGGGCUCGACCCCCUGGAGCUUCUAGCCAACGGACCAGGACUCGCCCCUGCUCCCAGCCCCAGGAUCGAAAUCACUCCAUCGUGGGAGCCUCUCCAUCCACUGUCCCUGGACUGCAGCCCCAGCUCCACAGCCCUUACGGCCUACAGGGAGCAGCAGUGCCUGAGUCCUGCCAGCAGCAACUCCUCCACAGGUUGGCUGGCAGAGAGCAACUCGCCCUGGGCCUCACCUUGCGUCUCCCCCAGUGGAGGUGGGGGGGGAGUGGGGCAGCUGGCCCAGGACCUGUGCCCCGGGCUCCAGGGAAUAUGCACCUCUUCAGGCCACUCUUCCCCAGGCACGUCCCCCCGUAACAGCAUCACAGAGGAAACCUUCCAGCUCCUGCAGAGCCAGCGGACUUCCUCCCCUUCUCCAAACCCACACUCCCUCUCCCACCUCCGCUCACGCUCCACCUCACCACAGGGGAAACGAACCUAUGACCAGUACAGUGGAAGCCCCAGCCUGGGGACCCCAGUCUACCCGCGAUCUCGGAGCCCCAGCCCCAGCCCACAGAUCCCCCAGGGAUCUCACCACCAACUCCAGCCCCAGGCUCCACUCCGGCUCCAGGCUCAGGCCUCACCCAACCUGGAGGAGCUUCCAAGUAGCCCCUACAGAGCAGUGUCGUCCAAGAUGGUGCGGAACAGCAAGGAGAGCUAUGUGUGGGGGGAGACCCAGACACAGGGUAUCCUGUUUGGCGAGAGCCAGACACAGGACAGUCCAUAUGGGGACACCGGGAACCAGAGUAGCCUGUAUGCUGACACUAAGGUCUGGGUCUGUGAGCAGGAGAGGAGAGGCCGGCCUGAUUCUGGGCCUGGUACUGGGCUUGGUGCUAGACUUGACACCCUCUAUGUGCUCCCACCCAUCUGGUCUUCCCCUCUGACCCACCAUGGAGCCUUAAGUGUCCCCGCGGUGUCCUCGGUGCCCCCUCUGGAUUGGCCUGUGCCCAGCCAGUCAGGGCAGUACCAGCUCCAGAUCCUGCAGCAGCCCCGGCCUCACCACCGGGCCCACUACGAGACCGAGGGCAGCCGGGGGCCCGUGAAGGCACCUGGGGGAGGACACCCAGAGGUCCAGUUGUGUGGGUACAGAGGCUCAGGGCCCCUGGGUCUGCUGGUGUUCAUCGGGACGGCUGACGAGAAGGUCAUGAGACCCCACUCCUUCUACCAGGUCCAUCGGAUCACGGGCAAGACGGUCACCACCCCCAGCCUGGAGAGAAGUGUCCAGGGCACCAAGGCUCUGGAGCUGCCCCUGGAGCCUAGCAACAACAUGAGAGUAGUGAUUGACUGUGCCGGAAUCUUGAAGCUGAGGAACGCUGAUAUCGAGCUGAGGAACGGAGAGACGAACAUCGGGCGUAAGAACACCCGUGUUCGCCUGGUGUACCGCGUCCACAUCCCAGAGCCAGCGGGUCAUGUUGUCUCCCUGCAGGUGGCCUCCCAGCCUAUCGAGUGCUCCCAGAGAUCGGCCCAGGAGUACCCCAGGGUGGAGAACCAGGAUCUGGAGUGCUGUUCGGUUCUGGGUGGCCAGCAGAUGAUCCUGGUGGGUCAGAACUUCACCUCCGAGUCCAGGGUGGUGUUUACUGAAAAGACACAUGAAGUGCAGAUCUGGGAAGCAGAGGCCAAUGUGGACAGAGACAAGAGCCGCCCUAACAUCCUGUUUGUGGAGGUGCCUCCGUACAGAGACCUGAGCCUUCACCAAGCAGUCCAGGUUAACUUUUUUGUGAUGAACGGGAGGCGCAAAUGCAGUCUGUCCCAGCCCUUCACCUACUCUCCCCUGACAGCUGUGAAGAGAGAGCCCGUGGAUGACUACCAGUACAGUCUGCUAGGCUGUGCUGUGUCCCAGGCCUCCAGACAGACUGCUACACCAGGUUACCACACCCAGAGUACCCACCUCAUCUCCAGCCACCACUCCAUGCCAGGCACGGUACCCUACCAGCAGCCGGGGCUAGUGCCCAACCACAGUGACAGCUUUUACCAGGCCCAGUACAAGCCCCCACCUGCCUACCACCCCACCAGCAUCAACCGUGCUCACCAGCCUCCAGGAUCAGGGGCCACAUUUACUGGUGGCAGCCCAGCCCAAACUCUCACCAGGCCCCAUCAGGGUCAGCCUUGCCAGGCUCCCCAGCAAGAGCCCCAGCAUGGUGGUGACCUGCCCAUGGGGAUGCACUGUCUGGACCUGGACAUACCCUCGAUACCUCUGGCCACCACUAGCCCCUGA